CCCCGGCUCCAGAAGCCUUUUUCUUUCCGCGGGAGCGGCAUGGGACGCGCCUGCCCGCAACCCGGAGCGCAGAAUGAGAGAGUGGUGGCUCCAGGUGGGGCUUCUAACGGUGCCCCUCAUUGCUGUCUACCUGCACAUCCCGCCCCCCAAGUUAUCGCCGGCUCUGCAGUCAUGGAGGUCAUCGGGAAGCUAUUUCACCUUCCAGAACCGGAAUAUCUUCUACAGAGACGCCUCGGGCGCCGUUGGCAGUUCGGAGAUUGUGGUUCUCCUACAUGGCUUUCCAACCUCCAGCUACGACUGGUGCAAGAUUUGGGAAGGGCUGAUGCAGCGAUUUAACCGAGUGAUCGCCCUGGAUUUUGUGGGGUUUGGCUUCAGCGAUAAACCGAGGCCGCAUCAGUACUCCAUCUUUGAGCAAGCCAGCAUCGUGGAAGGGCUUCUGGAUCACUUGGGCCUUUUGAACCAGCGGGUCAACCUCCUUUCGCAUGACUACGGGGACACUGUUGCGCAGGAGCUUCUCCACAGGUAUGAGCACAAUACGACGGGAAGUGUCCUCAUCAACAGCCUGUGCCUGUCGAAUGGAGGUAUUUUCCCAGAAACUCACCACCCCAGAUUAAUCCAAACGAUUCUCAAAGAUGGCGGCCUGCUUUCACCCAUUAUCACCCGGUUAUCAAAUUACUUCUUCUUUGCCAGAGGACUUGCGGCUGUCUUCGGCCCAUAUACCCAGCCUUCAGACGCUGAAUACUGGGACAUGUGGACAGCAGUCCGAACAAACGACGGCAACCUUGUGAUUGACAGGGCCUCGCAGGAGCUUUGGGACCUGGGCUAUCCUGUUUCAACGCCUGGGCCGCUGCUUUGUGUUGGCCUUUUGCAGUACAUCAACCAACGGAGAAAGCACAGGGACCGCUGGGUGGGAGCUCUGCAAUCCACGUCUGUUCCCCUACAUCUGAUUUAUGGGCCUCUGGACCCGGUGAAUCCACACCCAGAGUUCCUUCAGCUCUACAAGCAAGUGCUCCCCAUGUCGACGGUUUCUGUGCUAGACGACCACAUCAGCCACUACCCACAGCUGGAGGACCCUCUCGGCUUCCUGAACUCCUACCUGAACUUCAUCAACUCCUUCUGAGCAGGAAGAGUGGGAGAGCCGAUUCUCCGCUCUCAAGAGGCGUUCUUUCGUUCAAGAGGGCUAAAUCGUGGGCUCUCUGCCUCCGUACAAAGAGCAGGAAACCAGUUUCCCCCUU